AUGUUCUUUGGCAAGAAUGACAAUGUUACAGAUAUUCAAGAUUUCCCCUGUUUGACGUUGAACAAUGCCCCCAGAGUAGUACCAAUACCGGGGAUUCUCUACAGAUUGACCUAUGAAUUGGAAGUGGGUCAAAACAUACUGGGAAAUUUCAAAAAUCUAAAAAGUUACGAGAACCAUUUAUUGCUGACGGGAGUUAAAGGACGGGAUAAAGACCAACCUUCGGAUUCUAAGAUUGCAAAUUCUUUAACGAAGUUCCGUACAAACCACGACUCUCCAAAUGAAGAAAAGUCCCUUUAUUUGACUCUAAUCCCAUCAGAGUAUGGAGAUCCAUGUGUUGGUUGUGUCGCGAAGGUCGUGGGUGUCUUAACAGAACAAAAAACGAUGACCAUUUCCUUCAAAACACAAAAGAGGGCAAUAGUGAAGGCUCCUCUAGUAAAUUCUGGGAAUCAAGUUUUCAAUAGCACUAUAAAAGUUGUAGAUGAUUUUCCGGGAAUAUCUAAACUGACAAGAGAGCAGUUAAAACGCGGACCUCAAGAAUUCAAAGAACUAUUCAAUUCCAUAGAUGAGACAAUACGUUCAUUUAAAUCCCAAUACAAACAACCUGCCAAGAAUAAGAAAUCCUCCCAGCAUCUAUUAUUUUUGUCGCCUCUUUCCAAUACACUUUUCUUCCAAUUGAAUAAAACUGGCUUUAACAAGGCAUGGAGUAUAAUUCUUGGUCUCGUAGUAGACCUAGAGAAUAAUGUGAAAAAAAGAAGCGAUCCUGAAAUUUACCUAGAGGUCUUAAAACUAGUUGAUCUAAUAACAGCCGUUUUACCUAUAUCAGUACACCAAAAAUGGACCAUCUUGACAACCACAAAUUUCACUGAAAGGUUCCAAAACUUCGGAAAUGUUUUGCAAAACUUUCAAAACGUUUUCGAAACCCUCUAUGCAUCUACAGGGUACGUGCAACAAUAUUUUACCCAGGCCUCUAACUUAGAUAAAUCAAGGUUAAUUGCCAAUCAGUUGAAAUCUUUGAAAUUUUUCAUUGACGAUGUGAAAGCUCAAAACACCUUUCCCGCCGACGUGGAAAAACGUCAUAACAAACCUAAAACACUUGUACCUCGUAACUUCCACUUUGAUAAGGGAUCCAAUUCCAAGGAAGGAAAAGUCGAUGAGGAUGAAGAAGAUGAAGAAGAUAUAGAUCUCUUGAAAAAAUUCAUCGAUAAUAUUCGUCAGUACGAAAUUCACCCAGACGGUAUUAAGAUGCUAAAGAAAGACUUCAAAAGAUUCGCCAAAAUGUCACCACAGAACACAGAAUACCAAGUGCUAAAGAACUAUUUCGACAUCAUUACCGAUAUACCAUUUGGUAGAUACGGUGAAAGAGAACCUAUUGAUGUGAAUAAAUCUCGAAAUACUCUUGAUAAAGAUCACUAUGGAUUACAAAUGGUCAAAAAGCGAUUAUUGGAAUAUCUAUGCAUACUCAAACUACAGGAAAAACUUGGUAACAUUAAGAAAAGAGCCCCCAUUCUUCUAUUGGUAGGGCCUCCGGGUGUCGGUAAGACUUCAAUUGCCAAAUCCGUAGCUCAAGUACUUAACCGUCAAUUCCAAAGGGUAUCACUCGGCGGUAUUCAUAACGAAGCUGACAUUAGAGGUCAUAGAAGAACUUACGUGGGAUCCAUGUGUGGUCUCAUCAUCAAUGCCCUAAGGAAGAGUGACUGUAUGAACCCUCUGAUCUUGCUGGAUGAAGUGGAUAAAGUUUUAAGUACUACAGGAAGCAGCGCAGGUUACUCCUCUAAGAUCAACGGUGACCCAGGUGCUGCACUAUUGGAAGUACUUGAUCCUGAACAGAAUAAUACUUUUAUGGAUCACUACCUUGGAUUUCCCGUAGAUUUAUCGCAAGUUUUAUUCUUUUGUACCGCUAACGACCUAAGCGGCAUCUCCCGCCCCCUAUUGGACAGAAUGGAAGUGAUAGAAAUUCCCGGUUACACACCAGAAGAAAAAAUACAAAUAGGUACCAAUUUCUUAUUACCAAAGCAGAUAAGUCUUAAUGGACUCGAUAGCUGCAAUUGCGAAUUCCAAAUAAGUGAUAAAGCUUGGAAAUCACUUGUAUUAGAGUAUACGCGUGAACCAGGGGUACGUUCUUUGGAGAGACAAUUAGCCGCUAUCGUCAGGGGUAAAGUUAGUGAAGUUGUGGAAACGGGGAAAUACGAGGAAAAGAAUAGUACUUCAAGAAGUGAAAACGAAGUACUUCAACCGAAGGAGCUUCUCAAGUAUUUAGGAUUCCCACUUCACCCAAUUACCAGAGAACUUUUACAACAGAUCAAACACGCUGAAAAGGAAGGCGUUGUCAAUGGAUUGUCCUAUAAUUCAGAUGGCACUGGUAGUGUACUUGUCUUUGAAGUGAUAAAGACGGGCGGCAGUGAUGGCCAAGACAUUUCUAACACAAAAAAUGGACCCACUAUUAUUUCUACCGGUAAUUUGGGUAACGUUUUACAAGAAUCUAUUAAUAUCGCUAAAAGUGUAGUGAAAGUCAUGUUGAGGAAAAAACAAUUGGUUUUCCCACCCCAAGUAGUUAUCAACUUACAGGAGUUUCUUUCGAGUGAAUAUCAUCUGCAUGUCCCUGCAGGUGCAAUCUCUAAGGACGGUCCCAGUGCAGGCGCCGCCAUAGCCUUGGCGUUAUUAUCGGUUGCACUGAAAAAACCCGUUGAACCAACAAUUUGUAUGACUGGAGAACUAACACUUAGGGGUAAAAUUUUACCAAUUGGGGGCAUUAAGGAGAAACUUUUGGGAGCUAGAAUUUAUGGUAUGCAUAAGGUGUUGGUUCCAUUAGCUAAUAGAUCCGAUUUGGUUGAAGCCCUCACUGAUGAUGUAGCUCCAUUUGCUAAUGGACAAGACAGAUCAGAAUUGGAUCUGGUUAAACAGAAAAUGCACCUUCAAGUGUGUUAUGUGGAUACAAUUCAUGAUGUUGUGAGGCAUGCUUGGCCUGAUUUUUCAGACGCUUCAUCUCCAUCUUCAAAUACUUGGACGUUACCGGAUAACAACUCACACAGAGCCAAGCUCUGA